UCUCCCUCUCUCCAAAACUCCCUUCACGUUGAUUUUCCACCGCUCUUCCUUGUAAAACCAGGAGGUAGUUCAGAAGGGUUGGAACUGAAAUUCCUCUUUUUGGAGGGACUUACUUCUUAAAAGAAGUUCAAAAGUUUAGACUUCCAGAACUGACUUUAAGUGAUUAGCAUAGUGAGUGUUUCCCUUCAGAUGCAGAUUUAUGGUUUAAUAAUGAUUUUUGAAUCCAUAUAAAUAUGCUACUUCUUUAGCUUGGUGAUCAUAGUUAUCUCUCAACACCUUAUAAAGCUGGACUUCAUGCUUUGCUUUGCGUGAAAAUUUGGUAUUUGUGUUCUCAAAAAUUAUUUCAGGUGCAGUCAUGUAAAAUAGCAAAUAAAGCAAAUAUAUAGGUUGGUGUGAAAGGCAAAACAGGGUAGGGAAUGUAUUUCUAAAAAAAAAAAAAAAAAAAAAAGGUUACUUAAUAGACCCUGUAACUUUUUGGUGGUAAAUAUUCCUAUUUGCAUGGGUGUGGUGACUGGCAGUACCAAGACAAGUUUAUCAGUGAGGGCCCACAGCGAAGGCACGCCUCGGUGUCUGCCAGGUGUCUGUGCAAGAUUAGAUCUGAUGCUGAAAUGGAGUGUUGCUUCUGGAGUGGAUGAAAUGAAACAGAAACUUUAGGACAGGAACUCAUCACAGCCCUGUAACGAAGUGAACACAGUGAAGGAAGGCAGGGUAACUUUGGGAAGCUGGGGGCUGGAUUUAGCCAAACCAGUGGGACCAGGUGACCCUGAGACUUGUACCGCAGCAGCCUGUGCUGCGGUGGCUUUGCUGCUGUCAUAUAGGUUGAAGCUGGCUAGAUGGAAAGUAGCUCAGGCUUCUCCUUCUCAUGCUUUUAUAUAGAAGGACUAUUGAGCCGUCUAAAAAAACAUUUAGAGGUGUGUCUUCCUCCCCCCCUUCAUAUUGAACUAUGAUCCUUAUUUAGGCUAGAUCAGGGGUCCUCAAACUAUGGCCUGCGGGCUGGAUACAGCCCCCCAGGGUCCUCAAUCCGGCCCCCGGUAUUUACAGACACCCCCCCCCACACACACACCCACACCCUGCCGGGGGUUGGGGGGGAAACCAAGCAGCCACAGAUGGCUUCCUGCCACUUCAUCCGCACACUGGCCCCCUGUUUAAAAAGUUUGAGGACCCCUGGGCUAGAUGGACACACUAGAGAUCAGGACUUUAUGAGUAUAAAAUCUUUGGUGAUAUUGCUGACUGUCCCCCAAAAUUGUGUGUGGAUUUCUAUAUGGACUUAAACUUCAGAAAACAAUGGGAUAAUAAUAUUAAAGCACUGUAUGAGAGGACAUAUGAUGGUGAAAAACUAAUCUACAUGGAAAUGAAGUACCCUUUUCGUCUCUCAAGGAGGGAUUAUGUUUAUACUCGUGAAUGUCAAGAGAUGGAUGUUGACGGGCGGAAGAUCUGGGUUGUGUUAGCUCAGAGUGUGUCUGUUCCUCAGUGCCCCGAAAAGCCUGGUAUUGUCAGAGUUAAAAGCUAUAAGCAAAGACUGGCAAUUGAAAGUGAUGGCAAGACUGGAUCUAAAUUCUAUAUGUACUAUUUUCUUAAUCCCGGUGGCAGUACUCCAUCACGGCUGAUCAAUUGGAUUGCCCAGAGUGCUGUGCCUGCUUUCUUGAAGGAUAUGCAAAAAGCUCUCCAUAAUUAUUCUAAGAGCACAUAGUUUGAAGUUGAUCUUAAUUGUUUUAAUUCCUAGAGCUCUGCACUUACAGGAGUGUCUAUUACAUAUGACACUGGAUAAAAUCUACCUCUAGUAUUGGAAAAAAUUCUAUUUUAGUUGGUUUGUCUUGAAUUUUAUUAGACUUUUGUUUCUAGCUCUAACUGAAAAGCUAACCACUGAUGUAGCACCAACAUCACAUGAAUCCUUUUGAAAGUACUUAAGUUUAGCCUUGUUCCCUGUGUGUCAACUGGAGGAGUUCCAUUGAUUGAAACAUUACAUUGUCAGACAAGAGGCAAUGAUCUUGCUAGGAAAAACGUCUGAACUUGGACUGAAAAUUCUCUGCAUGUGUUAUGCCUGGAUCUGCCUUUGUGGCCUUGCAGCGUGGCUUCCUACUGAAACUGAGUAAUGGAACUUGCAUUGCUUAGAAGCAAACACUUUGCUACCCAAGUUUGUCCUUCUUGAACUAUCUGCCUGCUAUAAACCUGAAAUAUGCCAAGGGCAUAUAGGUAAAUUACUAGAAGUCUGCAAAAGGAACUGAAACUCUGUGUUACUAAAUUUCCUUGUGAUGGCUUUAAGUGCAGAUAUAAAAGGACUUGUGCCUAAAACCUUGCAUUCACAUCUCAAUACCCCUGUAUGAUAAGUAAGAACUAUUAGCCAUGGCCAGGUGGAAGAAAAAGAGGACUUGGCUUCCAUGUCUUGUUUAAGGGGAACAAGUUAUAUCUUCAGAGUCAGGAGCCUCAUCUAUACAGCAACUUGAAUACCAACUUGAAAUUUGAAGUAAUUUUGAACAGGAUGCCUGCAACUGAAUGUGAAUGAACUUGCUGUGAAACUUGGGCAAUUUUUAAAUUUCAUGCUGAUGUAAAGAAUGAAACUAAUUUUGGAUGGUAAUCUACAAAAAGCACAACUGACCAGGAAAUUAAAUUUCCAGUACCUUUGUGGGGGAAGCAGGGAGGGGGAGGAGGAAUGGAGUUCAAAAGAUGAGGGCCUUAAUCUCAGGAAUUUAAAAUAUUUUGUGUUAUUACUAAAUCUGAUCCUGUUACUGAACAAAUCUUGUAAUGGGGUAGCUUUGUCUUUAAAAAAAAAAAAAAUGAAGUGAUUGCCUUUAUACUUUUUACAAAUAUUGGUUUCCAAUAAAUCAUUAUUUUAUCCAUGCA